CCCUCCCUCAUUUCUCCGUUGAUCCGCUUCGCUGGCCGCCACCGCCGCCGCUUGGCGCUUCCUCUAUACCGUUCGCCGGUCAUCGCCGUGUGCUGCUUAAGCUUUCCCAUACACCACCGCCGCCACAUUCCUCCCCCAGUCCCCUCCCUCCCGCCAAAGAGGCACCCCCACGUGUCGCACCGGCCAGCACAUGCACCAGAGAUGCUGCCGCCGCCUCCGACCGCUCUACUCCUCCGCCGCGGCAUCCACUCCACCUUCGUGCCCACUCCGGCCGACGCCGCCACAGAUACCACCCUCCUGGGCCGCCUCACCCGCCUUCUCCUCCUCCAUCGCUUCUCCGCCGCCGCACGCCUCCUCUCCUCCUCCGCCCCCCUCACCCCUGCACUCCUCCAUUCGGCCCUGAGCCGGGUCCGCCUCGACCCCGACGCCGCGCUGCAUCUCUUCCGCCUGGCCCCGUCCCGCCCAUCGCUCCUCGCGCACGCCCAGCUGCUCCACAUCCUGGCCCGCGCUCGCCGCUCCGCCGACGCCCGCGCCCUCCUGGCUUCCCUCCUCUCCGCGCAGCCUCCGGCCCCGCCCCUCUUUCCGCACCUCGUCGAGGUCUACAAGGACUUCACCUUCUCCGCGGCCUCCUUCGACCUGCUCCUGCGCGCACUCGCCAACGCUGGCCACCUGGAUGGCGCCCUCAAGGUGUUUGACGAAAUGACGAAGCUCGGGUGCCGCCCCACAGUGCGGUCCUGCAACAGCAUGCUCAACAAGCUAACGGAGGCUGGGGACCUGGGCACCGUGAUGUCUGUGUUUGAGCAGAUGCAGCGUGCUGGGACUCUGCCAGACGAAUUCACGGUGGCGAUCAUGGCGAAGGCGUACUCCAGGGAUAGGUGGGUGGCACAUGCUGUGGAGUUUGUGGAGGAGAUGAAGAAGAUGGGUGUUGAGGUGAACCUGGUGGCCUAUCAUGCGGUGAUGAAUGGGUACUGUGAGGUUGGACGGACCGAGGAUGCAAGAAGGGUAUUUGAGUCACUGCCCAGCAGGGGUUUAUCACCAAAUGUAGUGACAUAUACCUUGCUCGUGAAGGGAUACUGUAAAGAAGAUAAGGUGGAGGAGGCUGAGGGUAUCAUAAGGGAGAUUAGGGAAAAUAAGCAGAUUUCUGUUGAUGAAGUUGCCUAUGGUGCAGUGAUCAAUGGCUACUGCCGAAGGGGACGAAUGGAGGAUGCAGCUAGAUUACAGAAUGAGAUGACUAAUGUUGGGCUCCAGGUAAAUUUGUUUGUCUAUAACACAGUCAUUAAUGGCUACUGCAAGUUGGGCAGAAUGGUAGAAGCACAUAAGGUUUUGCAUGAAAUGGAAGAUGCUGGUGUGAUGCCAGACACAUACAGUUACAAUAGUCUAGUUGAUGGGUAUUGCAGAAAGGGUUUGAUGAGCAAUGCUUUUGAAAUUUGUGAUACGAUGGUAAGGAAUGGAUUCGCAGUGACGACAGUAACAUAUAAUGCACUUUUGAAAGGUUUUUGCUUACUUGGCUCUAUUGACGAUGCACUUAGACUCUGGUUUUUUAUGUUGAAGAGGGGUAUUGCACCUGAUGAGAUUAGUUGUAGCACCAUGGUUGAUGGUUUUUUUGAGGCAGGUAAAACUCAGAAGGCCUUGAACCUUUGGAAGGAAACCUUCGCAAGGGGAUUAGCAAAAAACACAACUACAUUUAAUACGGUUAUCAAUGGGUUGUGUAAUAAUGGAAGGAUGCAUGAAGCAGAAGAGCUUCUUGGCUGCAUGAAGGAAUGGAGAUGUUCUCCUGAUAUUAUAACUUACAGAACAAUAGUGAGCGGUUAUUGUAAGACAGGUGAUAUGGAUAGAGCUAUUCGCGUUAUGCAUGAAAUGGAAAGUUUAGGUUUUGCUCCUUCAAUCGAAUUGUUCAAUUCUUUGAUAACUGGACUCUUCAUAGCCAAACAAUGUGGAAAGGUGAAUGAUAUACUCUUUGAGAUGAGUAAAAGGGGACUUUCUCCUAACACAGUCACUUAUGGAGCUCUGAUAGCUGGAUGGUGUAAAGAGGGAGAUCUGCAAAAAGCCUAUAACCUGUAUCUUGAAAUGGCCGGGAAAGGCCUGACUCCAAAUCUUUUUAUUUGUAGUUCUUUAGUGAGCUGGUUCUAUAGAAAGGGGAAGGUUGAUGAGGCAAAUAUGGUGCUGCAAAAACUUGUCGAAAGUGACAUGAUUCCAGAUAUCACUGCAACCAGACUUGAGACUGGGAAAAUAGCAAAUGUACUCGAUACUGUUGCUGGUGGAAAUCGUCAUUCUGCAAAAAUAAUGUGGAACAUUGUUAUUUUUGGUUUAUGCAAAUUGGGAAGGAUUGAAGAUGCUAAAAACUUGUUUGCAGAUUUAAAAAGCAAGGGAUUUGUUGCUGAUACUUUCACUUAUUCUAGCCUCAUCCAUGGUUGUUCCACUUCAGGAUUUUUUGAUGUAGCUUUUGAUCUGAGAGAUGAGAUGUUAAGUGUUGGUCUUACUCCAAAUAUCAUAACCUACAAUUCUCUCAUAUAUGGCCUUUGCAAGUCUGGGGAGUUAUCAAGGGCAGUUAAUCUUUUUAGGAAGUUGCAGUCAAAGGGUAUAUCCCCUAAUGCUAUCACCUACAAUACACUAAUUGAUAAGUAUUGCAAGGAUGGUCACAUAACUGAAGCCUUUAAGUUAAAACAAAGGAUGAUAGAGGAUGGUAUUAAGCCUACUGUGUUCACCUAUUCUAUACUGAUUCAUGGUCUUUGUACUCAAGGUUAUAUGGAAGAAGCAAUCAAGCUUCUUGACCAAAUGAUUGAGAAUAAUGUAGAUCCAAAUUAUGUUACAUAUUGGACACUGAUUCAAGGUUACAUUAGAUGCGGUAACAUGAAAGAGAUUUCAAAACUUUAUGAUGAGAUGCAUAUCCGUGGACUUCUUCCCGCCUACGUGGCUGGAGAUGUAAAGCAAGCAUCUCCUGUUGAACGUAACCAAAAUGGAAAAACAUGUCAUGUGAAGAUGUACUGCUAGUGCUAACACAAUCCUUGCAUGUCUUCUUUCUUGUGGAACAUGCUGAUGACUUAUGGUUUGUAUGAUGAAGCAAAUCAUGAGGAUCCAUUUAUAACUUGAGAUAAUUUAUGCUGUUGGAGAUGUGUUCCACGAACCUGAUAUGAUUCUACUCAUUAACCAAUUUGAAGAUCAAUUCGAUCAAGGGGAAUCUUAGUGGAUUUAUUUUGUUAUGACACUGGGUCAAGAUGCAAGAAUUCUAGGUGUGGAGAAGCAUACCAGCUUCUGCAAUCAGAAAAUGAAGUAUUUUCAGGAUUGUGGCUGAGAGAAAAGGACAAAGACACAAAGGAUUGAAUUUGGAAGGGUUGACCAAAAUCUUAUGUGCCAUAAUUGAAGCCCAGGAAGAUCAGAAGUUGAACAAUACAUAUGAGGUGCAAAUUUAACUUGUACACAAAUUUUGAGGGUAGAAAAGAAAAUAUAUAUCGAAUGUUCUCAUAUUUAUUCUAGUUCUUAUAGUCCUCUAGAUAUGCAGUUGUGCACCAUUAGAUCUUUUACUUGUCAUUAUGUUAAAAUGUGAUGAUUUUCCCAACUGAUCUACUCCCUCCAUUCUCUUUUGAUAGUCCUAUUUCCAUGGUUUUCGUGGCGUCGCCUAGGUGACAAGGCGCUCCCCUUGUUUUGGGCUAAGGCGUCGCCUUAGCCCACCUAGGCGGCUGGGCGGUGGUGACUCGCCACGCCUUGCCUUACCGCCGUAAGAACCAUGCCUAUUUCAUCUUGGUACAAUGAUCAAGAAGAAGCACCUUACUUAUCAUCUCAUUAAUUAUGACUCCUCGGUUUCGAUGUUAUCAUAUACAUGCACCAAUCUUUUUUCUAGAGAAGUUACUUUACACGGGAAUCGAAGGGCCAUCUAUACUAUUCCAAGAUAUCAACCCAAAUAGGACUAUCAAUUUUGGAAAUAGGACUAUCAAAAGAGAAUGGAGGGAGUGUUACUAACGACCACUAAUCAAUCAUGUUUCAGAUGGGCACUAAAAUUUUCAAUGCAUUUUUAAAGGUGUUGGUGUUUAGUUUUAGUUUGCUAUGCAUGUGUUUGGUAGGACAACCCAGAUGAGAUGGUUCCGCCCCUCUUUUUGGGAUGGUACCAUCCCAAUUGGGUGUUUGGUUCACCGGAUGGGAUCAUCGCAGUUUCUAUGUCUAUCAGCUACCAUUAACCAAAGGGCCCACCAAUUCCACUCAGAACAGAGUAGAGGUCGGAGGAUAAAGACAUGGCAGCUCCUCCAUUCGCGCAAAAACAACGAGCCCAACCAACGAAAUCUCUCCCCAAAUUGCCCCCUCACCGGCGCCCGGCGACAUGUCCAACAAUGCCUGAUCGCCCUAGCCAGGCCGCAAUCGGCUUUGGCGACAGGACUUGGCGGCCGAAGGCCGUGGCCGCCAGCUUUUUGCGGUAGGUUGACCUGGAGCGGGGCACCAACGGCAAGGCCUCACCGCUUGAAGACCUCUUCCAACUAUGCGCAUGGGGCUACUUCUUCGGCGGGGUCGGGAAGCAUGGCAAGGUGCCCGCUGUCAUGGAGUGGUUGCUCCGGCCCCUACGUUGACUGGCUCUACUCCCACACCACUGGGCCAUGACGACAACCGUGUAGCCGCCGCUAUUUGUCGCGUGCCUCAGGAAGGACCCCACCAUGCAAUUCCUCCAUAAUGUCGCUGGAGCUUGAGCCAUCUUCGUCGCUUGCCAUCGCCUGGUGCUGCCACUCUCCGUUAGCUGGAUGCCGCCCCAACUUAUCCUACAGUUCACCAUCGCCGAAUCCUGCCACCACCCUGAGCUCCUGCUCCCACAGCUAGCCGUGUUCCCCUGCGUGGAAGAGGACAUGCUGACGCCAUGGUUGGGGGGGGGGGGAUGGAUCGACGACCACCCACCCACACACACCCACAAAACCAAACACAUGUUAAAUGCAUGUUAUAAAGAAUAAUUUGUACUGAAUUUUGAUAUCAUCAGCCUUGCAUUUAUGUGUGGCAUCAUAUUUGGAGUUUGAAGUAAUGGUUAUCCUGGCAAGAAAGUUACAAAUGUCCAAGAGGUGUCUGUUCGAAUCAUUUUGUUAGUUCGAUUUUUUUUUUUUUUUUUGGAAAGAGCACCCAUGUCUUCAUUGGAGGCCAGGUGCAGGACUGGGGAGGGAACCCUUGCGGCCUUGCCGUCUCAACUCCACACCCCUAGCAUUGCCAUUAGCCUGUCCGCAAAGAAUACAAUAAGAACAACAACAACAAAGCCUUUUAGUCCCAAGUAAGUUGGGGUGGGCUGGAACUGAAACCCAAAGUUAGCCACCUCAAGUUGCUUGGGAUAACUUUGUUGUUAUUGUUGUAUUCUUUGUGCUUGAUCACAUGAAAAAUAAACUAACAAAAUGUUGCUAUCUCUCCCCAGAUGCCAAAGAACUGUUGCGAUCAUGUAUGUCAAAAUAGGUUGUGAUAACAAAUAUCCUAGUUUAAGUUCUAAUCAUAUUUCAGAUUAGUAUAUAAUUUGACAAUUUAUUGUUUACUCUUUGAUUUUAGAAAUUCACAUUGUCCCUUCCAGGGUAGACUUCUGCUGUGUAUUUGAGAAUGUAUGCAGAGGGCAUUAAGAGAUACUCCUGUUACAAUUCAUUUAUGUCAGGUUGCAAGGUGUGAAUAUUGCGGAACAUGUAUUCUAUAAGUUGAUUUUUUAACAUAAUGGUCCUGUAGCCCAAUUUUACCUGUUAUGUGCUUCCUGCCUUUGUUUGCUGCGUCACCUUUUCUAAUCUAGUAUCGCUUAUUGGACUAAGCACACAGUCAAUCGAUGUACUGCCCGUGGUUUGAAUGUGAGAUACUUCACAGUUCACGUUGACGAUGGUCCCAUAUGCAGUUUGAUGUCUGGCAUGGCGAGCAAUAGUGGUUGUGCUUGUCAUGAAUUAUUAUGCUGAAUAUUGAUGCCAGUUGUGUCAUCUACUAUCAUCCACCACUAUUGUGAAUAGGGCUUUUCUUUUUUGUAUAGGCAUUUGUUGGGAUAAUAGUGGUUUUCCAUAGAUAGAUAAUUCUACUCAGAAACUGCUGAAGUCUCUUAGUAUGCUUUCUCAUUUAUUUAUCUCUGGCCAUUUACACUUCUGAGCACUACUUCUGGUUUUUGAGUUAGUAUUUUAUGUAAGAUUUGAAUGGACAACUGAUGACUUGUUUUCAUGUAUUGUAUUUCAUCCAUGUAUGUGAUACUUUCCAUGCCCAUUUUAGAUUGUCUGAAAUGUUACCUCUGCUUUUCUGGAUGUCCUUCCAAGGUGUUCUAAUUUGCCUUCUUCCCACGCUUCUCUAUGCCUAUAGCACGAAUGACUAAAUGACUAAAUGACCAAUGGCAAGCUACCACAAUAUAGCUCUUGCUAUACUGCUCUACUUGUAAGUUCUCGUAUUCUGUCAGGUUUUGUUGCCUCCGUAAAGAAUAAAAAUUGGUCAUUUGGCACAAUUAUAAAAUCAUUAUAAAAAACUGUUCUUUUGUUUAAUUUCAAUUUUUAGAUGUUCCAUAACCGAUGUUCUUUGGCCUGCCAAGUUAAUACAUGUUUUAUUCAUUCUGAAUUCUGAUCCUUAGUCCAGCAGCUGAAAGAUGGAUCAAUUAUGUGCCAAUUGGAAAUUGAGCAAUUCUGCAAUUGUUGGCUGCCAGGCAAUAUCCUCAGCAAAUUGCAAAUGCAGCUAGAGCUGUUAAUACUAUCUUAUUUUUGGUUCAAUCAUUUGCAAACUAAGCGUAACAUCAUAAAGAAAGUGCCUCACGCAGGAGUUCUUUUCAGAACAUUUUAUUGAAAUCAUCCAUUAUUACAGUUUUUUAUUGAACAGUGUAUCAACCUCUAGUUUGUGGCAUUGCCUUUGGCAUGUCCUAGUACUUUACGCAUCUUUCCCGCAGUCGAGUGCUUUCUUUUACGUGUCAGGCCAUGCCAUCAAACUCUAUCUCUACAUGUCAGUUAAUUGAACAAAUUUGCACAUAGCAACCUAAGUGGAGAAGAAAAGCUGAGACUUCUAUUUCCUUUGUCGGAGUUGCUAAACAUGCAUUCUGAAGCAUUUUGUACAGAAAUAUCUGGCUAGCUUUCAAAAGAUAUUAUCAGCGAUUAUGAUAGCUCAUAAGCAAAGAAAUAUACUUUUCUGGACUUUCAGUGGGCACGGCUCCGGCAAGCAAAAGAAGGGGGCAGAGAACUAAAUAGGUUAGCAUCGUGCCCAGAUGGAGGCUUAACCCUACGGGAAGGUUGCAGAGAGCAACGGUGAUUCUGAUGGGAAUGUCAAACUCCUUGUUUGGCAGCGGCAAAAAUUGAACAGCUCGAUCGAUAGAUCUGCAUGUAUCUUCCCUGAAUCCCUGAUGUCAUUCAGAUGCUUUGGAGACAUAUCACCUAUGUGAGGAACUGAGCAUUGCUAGGACCGAGUUUUGUUGAGUUGCAUCCCUUAUUGCAACUGCGAUACCUUAGGUCACAUUUGACUGCAACAAUGAAUGAAUAGUAAAGUUAAUAUUGCUGCAUUCACUUUUUAUAGAUACCCAGUCAUGUGCUCUGGAGAAUUUCUCCCUAUUAUGCAUUUUCGUUUUUGAGAACCUAAAUAGAACUCUAUUUCUUCAGGGCUGAUGUA